AUGCCUUCUCUGCGCCAUUCAAUGUCAAGUGCACAGUCGGCUGACGCUACCGUUGUCGACCCAGAUUCUCCCCCACAGAGCCCAAAGAAGAUUAUGGGCCAUGGUGAACAGCGAGCCUGUCUUGAUGAAGAAUCCUCAGAUCAUGGCACAACGAGGACCCAGUCAGUCCGUAGCUCGGGUGGGAACACACCCAAAGAUUACAAGCCACAAGAGCGGGAUGGCUGGCCAAAGUUGGCGCACAAAAUGGCCGACAUUCCUGAGUUUGCCGCAUUUCCACGGUUCCGAGAUCUUAAUACCAGAAAUCUGCUGUACUACCAGGCUCAGUUGCAGUCCCUGCGCACCCAUAUCAUGCAGGUCGAAGAGAACCUCAACUUGACCUGUUACGCACACGUGUUGGAAGAUGCUGACUCGGAAUAUCAUGAGCUAUUGACAAAGCUAAGGUGCUUGCUGCAUGAAUAUAACGAUGCGCUUUUACAGUACUCGCAAGUAUCGGCACUACCACAGCCCGAGACCUACAACAUGAGCUCUCUCCGCAAGUGGCUUUGUAGAGAAGACGGCGGUAACUGCCGUGUCCGUGACGGAAAGCGUGCGGACGAGACAUGGGGACCUCUGACUGACACUGGCGCAUCGGACACCCUAUGGAAUCAUCUGCGCGUUGUUCUUAAAUCACUGAUAUGGUCGGACCCUUCACCACAAGAAUAUCCUGACCUAGCCGUCUCACAUCCUGGGAUUAAGAUUGAUGGGCUGUCCAGGUGGAUUGUGUACAGAGUUGCGCCUCUCUAUUGGGUAUGGCGAGAGAAAAAAGAGCAUAGUAAGAUACGAGCACAAAACUCGGCCAUGCAGCUCGGAGCUAGCACAUCUGAAAAUAUCCUGAACCCAUCGGUCUUUGAUGCCGAGAAGCAGGGGCAACAGUAUGUGCCUAAGACCGAGGUGAGAGUCCAGGAUACUGUGAGGUCGAUGUCUGAGUCUACGGCCCUGCGUUUUACAUCAAGUCUCUCUACCGUCAUUGCGUGCCUACUCCCAGUGGUCGCAAUUGCGGUGUUGACUCAAGUCGAAGGCGAACGUAAUCUACUGUUAUGCAUUACGGGGUUCGCCAUCAUCUUUGCUGUCGGCCUGAUUGCCCUCACUCAAGGAACGAGUUCGAGAACAGAGAUUUUUGCAGCAACCGCCGCGUUCUCCGCGGUCCUGGUCGUAUUCAUCUCAGAGCCCCGGGCCUGA